AGAAAGACUACAUAUCAGCUGAUAAAAUGUCAACGUGCCGGUUUGAAUCAUACGUCAGACAACUGUAAUCUUAGAGUUUAUUUAUUUACCCUUUACCCGAAUGGGAUACCGCGUAUUUUUUAGGUGAAAUGUCGAAACCACGGAAACCGUUGCACUCUGAAAGGUCAAAAAAACAUGCUCAGAAUGAUGCUAAAAAGCCGCCUGAAGAAGGUUUUAAAUUUUCUUUGAAAACAAUAGUAACAUUAAUAUGUUUGGGGGUGGCCUGUUGCAUUGGCUAUAAAGGAUAUUUGGAAACAAGAGUUAACACCCCCUUUGACAGUAACAAGGUUGUUGUUAAAAGUGGCCUUGCUGUACCUGAAAGAUAUUGGGGCAGUUAUAGACCAGGAAAUUAUUUUGGAUUUAAGACAAGAGAACCAUAUUCACCUGUGAUGGGACUUAUGUGGUACUUUCCUAGGCGCUUAGGGGCAGGCGGUGAAGGUUUCAGGCAUUGGUGUGAACAAGGCGAUGGCUUAUCUAAAUACGGUUGGCAGUUACAUGAUGGAAAAAACUUUGGUGUCCAGGAAUUGAAUGAUGAUCCUUUUAUAUUAACUACCGAGUUUGUCAAAAGACAAGGUGGUAAUCAUGGUGGAGACUGGAGUGCCAGAAUUACUGUGAAACCCAAGGAAGGAUUUGGCAGAGGGGAACUUGUAAAUCUUGUGUUCUACACUGGAAUAGAAAGUGGUACAAGAGGUAGGAUCUCUCCUACCAGAAAUACAGAAAUACCUGGAGUUGUUGGAGAAACCCAGGAACUUGGCCAGUUUGUUGUGAGAUACGCUAACACUUCUGGACAACUUAAGGGCAUAUCUUAUUUGAGUGUUGAAGGCAAAGGGCUACAUUUGCUUAAAGAAACCAUCAUGUCUACUCUCCGAGUUCAAAAAAAUAGACUUGUUCUUCCUGGAGAUCUAACACGUCUUAAGGAAGGUACCGUUCCUAAUUUAGUAGCAACACAAUUUGAAGCAACUGUUCCUUUCCAAUUUGAAGUAAGUUUUGAGAGUGGAAGUUUUGUCGAUAGGCCAAAUUCACUAACUGAAGAUGUUUUUACUCGAGAGCUCAAUGAAAGAAUACAAGCAUUUCAUGAAAAGUUCGAAAACACAUUUAAUUUGACUGAAUAUUCAUUAGAAGAAAUUAACUUCGCUAAGGCUGUUUUUUCUAACUUGAUCGGAGGAAUUGGAUAUUUUUAUGGAGCAUCUAGAGUUCGUUCUGAUCACACUAAAACACCAGUGCCUUAUUGGAAAGCUCCUUUGUUUACAGCUGUUCCUUCUAGGAGUUUCUUCCCUAGAGGAUUCCUCUGGGAUGAAGGCUUUCAUGGUCUUUUGCUUGCUGCUUGGGAUCUAGAUUUAGAGUUAGAUAUUAUGUCUCACUGGUUUGAUUUGAUGAAUAUAGAAGGCUGGAUACCACGAGAACAGAUCCUUGGUCAAGAAGCACUUGCUAAAGUACCUGAAGAAUUUGUUACACAGACUAAUACAAAUGCUAAUCCUCCUACAUUCUUUCUUACUCUAAGAUUCAUAAUGGAAAAUUAUGCAGAUCGUUUGACUGAAGAAGAUCGUUUAGGAGCCUUAGAGAGACUUUAUCCACGAUUAGUGGCUUGGUUUGAUUGGUUUAAUAAUUCACAAACAGGAAACAUUGGCGGCUCAUACAGAUGGAAAGGAAGAGACCCCGCUGCUCCAGAACUUAACCCUAAGACAAUGGCUUCUGGUUUUGACGAUUAUCCAAGAGCAUCACAUCCUACAUCUGAAGAACGACACUUGGAUCUCCGUUGUUGGAUUUUACUAGGAGCUGCUACAUUAGCAGAUAUUACCAAGAUUUUAAGUCGAUCUGGUGGCAAAUACUGGGACACUUACCACUAUCUCUCUGACACAUCACUUCUUGAUCGUCUACAUUGGUCUGAGGCUGGUGGCCGUUAUGCUGAUUAUGGUCUCCAUACAGAUGAUGUUGCCUUCAAAACUCGCCCUCAACCUCAUCGUGUAGUUCUUACAGACCCUACUCCACGGUUGGUAGACUCUGUAUUUGGUUAUGUCAGUCUUUUUCCGUUCUUUGUACAUAUCCUUCCAUCCAACUCAAUUAAACUUCAAAAAAUACUAACAGACCUUCGUAAUCCUCAACUCCUUUGGACACCCUAUGGCCUAAGGUCUCUUGCCAAAAAUUCUCCUCUCUAUAACAAAUGGAAUACUGAACAUGACCCUCCCUAUUGGCGUAGUCCUAUUUGGAUAAAUAUGAAUUAUCUUACCCUUGGAGCUCUUCAUUAUUAUUCUAAAUUAGAUGGUCCUUACCAGUCUCAGGCUAGGAUUGUUUACAAACAGCUUCGUAGUAAUUUGAUUAACAAUAUCUUCAAAGAGUACAAGAAAACAGGAUAUGUCUGGGAACAUUAUAAUGACAAAACAGGUGCUGGUGGAGGUUCUCACCCUUUCACGGGCUGGACUUCUCUUGUAGUUCUUAUUAUGGCUGAAAUGUAUUAACAAGUUUAUUUAAAAUUGUUUUAAAAUUUUUGUCUAAAGAUAAAAGGGUAUUUUAAUCAUUCUAUUGAUCGAAAUGAGAAUGAUUGUAUGUAAAAAUUUGUAAUAUAAUAAUAAUUAAUUGUUUAAAAUUUCACAUUGAAAUUCAAAACCACUUUGUGGGUAGAAGUGUAAAGAAAAUAUUUACUUCACUAAAUGUGAUCUCAAUUAUUACUAUAAAUAACAACAAACUUUAUUUAUGUAACUUUGUUUCUUUUUUAAAUAUUUUACCCUAUGUAAUAUUUUAUUUAUUUAUUAAGUUUUUGUUUUAUUUAGAAUGGUUAUUUCAUUGUUUAAAUGUAUAUAUCUGAUGUUGAAUGUUUUGACUGAUAAGCUUCUUGAAACUAUUGUUAAUAGUUAAUCAUAAGCAGCAUUUAAUGAUAAUUAUUUAAAAUAAUGUGCUAACUCUGUUUUAAUAAUUUGCACAGAGGAACAAUUUCAUAUUUAUAAAAAUAAUAAUGAUAUGAUGUUUUAUUUUUUCAGGUUAAUGGGACAAAUUUUAAUGAUUUCUUAUUUAUUUGAUUUUUUUUUAUAAUAAAAACUAUGGAUGUUAAAAAUUUA